AUGUUGUGCAAGAAAUGCAAUAGUGAAGGAACAUUAGUUAUAAGAAAAGUCUACUUCUUUUGUGAUGCAUGUUUCAUAGCAAAUAUAAUUCAUAAAUUCAGGGCAUGUAUUGGUAAAAACACAAAAUUUUACGAUAACAAAACGUUGAUUUGUUUAUCGGGUGAUAUUUCUUCUACUGUUUUGCUUGAUUUAGUUAUGAAUGGGAUAACUUUAAAUACUCAUAAAAAAUUAAGAAUUUCUCCAGUAUUUUUACAUGUGAAUGGUAGGUUUUGUUACAUCCGCUUAAUCGUUUUAUACUAUUUCGUGGUAUUCCUUUACUUUAACUGUUUAUUGCUUAUAGGAAUAGUUUCAACUGAUGACAGUGUCUGUAACUUUAUCACGAAUCAAUGCAAGAAAUAUAAUGUUGAUUUAAUAUCUAUGAACAUUUCCAGUAUGAUUACUGAGUACAAAAAUUAUAAUGAAGCAGACACCACUGUGAAAAAUAAUAACUUCAGAAUGCCAACUAUAAAUAAUUUUAUAAAUAAGAUUUCACCCUCAGCAGAAAAAGACUUUUUAUCUAGAAUUAGGCAAAAAGUAUUAUAUAAGAUGGCAAAAGAUUUGGAAUGUAAUUCAAUAUUUACCUCUGAAACAAAUACCAAGUUGUCAGCAAAAUUAUUAUCAAAUAUUGUGAUGGGUAGAGGGUCUCAAAUAGAAAAUGAUAUUGGUUUUGCUGAUUGCCGUGAUAAGGAUGUUAAGCUAUUAAGACCAAUGAGAGACAUAACAGAUGAAGAAUUAAAUCAUUAUGUACGAAUAAGGCAUUUAUCAUUUGUGGACACAUCCGUUUCAGAAAUCGAUUUACAGUCACUCAUAACAAAUUUUAUAUCAGACUUGGAAAUAAAUUCUCCAGCUACAAUAUCAACAAUAUGUAAAACAGCAGAUAAAAUUAGUUCUGCUGAUGAUAACACUGGUAAACCUUGUCGAAUAUGCCAGAAUAAUUUAAAAACAAAACUUGACAAGUUGACUGCUACUGAUGCUACAGCAUUUUCAAAAGUUGUUUCUUCUGGAGAAUACAAUGCAAGUCUUCUAACUCACAACUUUGAAUGUGUGACUAAAAUGGAGGUAUUUCCUCAUAUAUUUGAAGAACUCUGUUACAGUUGCAGCAAAAAUUAUUAUGAAUUUAAAACAAAUAUACUAAUGCAUUGAAA